AUGUCCGACGUCGACACCUGCAGCGAAGUCAGCGACCGCUGCCCCGUCAGCGAAAGCCUGUACGGCUACCGGCCCAACCUCCCCGUCAACGCCACGCUCGGCGUUGGCUUCGCCAUCUUCGCGGUCCUGCAGCUCGCCUCGCUCUGCUGCUUCCGCGUGCGCACCUGGUCCUUCAGCAUCACGCUCGCCAUCGGCACCAUACUCGAAGUCCUCGGGUACGGGGGGCGCGUCAUCAUGAACGACAAUCCCUUUAGCACGGUGGGCGUGUCGGCGCAGCUGAUCGCGCUCAUCGUGGCGCCCUCGUUUGUCGCCGCCGCCAUCUCCGUCACCUUCAAGCACAUCAUCGUCUACUGCGGCGCGCAGUACUCGUGGAUCCGCCCGCGGUUUAUUCCCUGGGUCAUGAUCGGGACGGACUUCUUGGGUAUUGUCAUCCAGUUCCUCGGCGCGUCAAUGCUGGCGAUGGAGGUCACCAAGGACGAGCCGGACCCGGAUAAGGUUGACCUGGGCAAUAAUGUCAUCAUCUUUGGUGUCGUCUUCCAGGCCGUCAUCAUGGCACUCUGCGGUUCCUACAUGCUCCACUUCUGGCACCGCAUCCGCCGUGCCCACCACCACUCCUCCCCCUCCUCUACCUCUACCACCCGCAUAUCCAGCAGCAGCACCCCGCACCUCGCCCGCAAAUUCCGCACCUUCCUCUACGCCCUCAGCGCCUCCUUCCUCGCCAUCCUCAUCCGCUGCAUCUACCGCUGCGUCGAGAUGAUCUCGGGUUGGGGAUCGGAGCUUAUGCGCGAAGAAGUCGCGUUCUUGGUGCUUGAUGGCGCUAUGGUUUUCGUGGCGGUGGUGCUGUUGACGGUGUGGCAGCCUGGGGUGUGGUUCGAGGGGAUGAUGCGGAAGGGGAAGAAGGGGGCAAGAGAUGGGAAGCGAGAGGAAGUAGGGGGGGAGGAGGAGGGCAUGGAGGUGCCGCUGUAUCAACAACCGCAACAACAGCAGCCGCCGCCGCGGUAUAACCCGCAGCAGGCGUAUCAGGGGGGCCAGUGGUCGGGUGUGGCGCCGGCGUCGGCGUCGGCUCCGGGCGAGGGAGAGGGGGAGGCCCAGGCGUAUUAUGACCCGCCAGUAGUGCAGCGGCUGGGUCAGGGCGGCUAUUCGAGGGUUUGA